UAUUGUUUGUUUGUUUAUUCAUUUAUACGUUUAUUGUAUCUACGAACUUAUUAACGACGUUGCUAGGUCGCCUAUAUAGUGCUGCAUAACAAAUGACGUCCUGUGGCCUAGCUAGUGCACUAUAGAGUCUGCGUUAUGUCUUAUAUGGAGUCCGGUGUAGUGCGCAUAUAUAGGGAUUUUAAAAGCGAUUUGGUGUUCCAACAUAGCUACCUCAUAUCCGCUUUUGGUUUCACUCCCUGACAUGCAGCUGGGCUGACCUUAACACUGUGUAUUGGUUUGAUGUGCUGCUUGAGAAAAAAUUAUUAUUUGUUUAUGGCAUUUCGGGUUUUGUUUCGUAAGCCUUGUCUGUGUACGUCGAGGCCGUUUCUGUUUUGAAAAAGAGACUUUGCAGUGAAAGUCAUGGCUACAAUGGUUUUACAGGGACUCAGGUGUUCAAUGACCACGCCAUUAAUUCUCCAUAAGUUUUAUUCCAGCCGCAGCUCCUGCUAUAGAACAUGUACACAGCUGUUAAACAGGGGAACAUGCACUCCGCUGAAUGUAUCCUUCACAUGCAGAAGUCCUGUAUUUCCCAGUGUGAGGACUCUGUCUUCUGUCCCUCCACCACCUUCAGCCAGAGGCAACAAAUCUACCGAGAAAAAGACUGGUCCAGUCACAUGGAAAUCUCUCGCUGUCACAUUUGCCUUGGGUGGGACUCUUCUUCUGGGCAUGAAAUACUUUAAAAAAGAGAAAGAGGAACAGUUUGAGAGAGAGAGAACAAGGUCUUUAGGGAAACCAGCCCUUGGAGGCCCAUUCUCUCUUAUCGAUCACAACAGUAAACCUUCAAAAAGUGAAGAUUACCUGGGCCAGUGGGUGCUGAUCUAUUUUGGAUUCACACACUGUCCAGAUAUCUGUCCUGAUGAACUGGAGAAAAUGAUCGAGGUCGUGGAUGAAAUUGACAGGAUAAAGACACUCCCCAAUGUAACACCAAUUCUGAUCACAAUCGAUCCAGAAAGAGACACACCUGAGGCCUUGGCAGCGUAUGUCAAAGAGUUCUCCCCAAAGCUGAUUGGCAUGACCGGAACAACAGAACAAAUUGCACAGGUGUCCAGAGCUUACAGAGUGUACUACAGUCAGGGUCCAAAAGAUGAAGACAGUGACUACAUUGUCGAUCAUACCAUCAUUAUGUACCUGGUGGGUCCUGAUGGAAAGUUUGUAGACUACUAUGGCCAGAACAAGAAAUCAGCCGAGAUCUCCUCCUCCAUUGCAUCACACAUGAGGAAGCAAAGACAAUCCAAGUAGUGUAAGAUGGAAAGACAAAUUUCCUAAAUGGACUCACGUUGUUGUUGUUGUUGUUGUGCUUUCCCUCUUCUUUUUUUUUUUUUCCUUUCUAGCACCAAAGACUUAGAAUUGUGAACAUUCAUAAUUUCUUAAAGAUCAACUUCUGUGUAGAAUACUGUUUUUGUUUAACAUUUCUCCAUAUGUGAAUUGUCUUAAAUAAAAUACAUUCUCUGCUGUUUUUAUUUUACUGGAAUUGGGAAUUACCAUGAGUUAACAUUAUAUUUGUAAUGAUUUUGAGUUGUAAGUGGUGUAAAUUAAAAGCCUGCAAACGGUUGACAUCCUCCAAGACUAGAAACCAGGCAGAUCCAAUUAUAUUUUAUUUAUUAAGAUUCUGUGCCAUCUUGAAUCCUGCAUUUCUUGGGCCAAAAUUCUGUUCAAGCUGUUCUCAGAUUUAUUUUGCACACUUCCUUGUCCUAACCGGCUGGGAAGGUGAUGUUAUUUCUCUCCAGGAAGUCUACUGAUCUGGGGUCAGGCUGCUUUCUAGUGGAACCACUCAAAAUGAUGGCUAUCACCAAAUCUUCAUUUGAUAUUUUUCAGGCCUUUAGAGCAAUGAUGCACUGUGAUGUAGUGUAAAUAUUGGUUACAGCUCAGGUCACAGCACAGGCGUGACCUGGAGUAUUAGUAUGAAUAAGUUGACAACAAUGGGUAAAGCUUUGGUAAACUCAGUUGGUCUGGGCUCACAUUUAACAGGUCAUAUCAUCCCCCUGCAAAAGUCUGUACAUUAUAAAACCAUGCAAUUCACAUAAUUCUGGGAAUAUUAAUAGUAUAGAACAUCAGCCAAAGGCCACAUACACUCUGCUGGAACCAUAACUCCAUUACCACAAAUAUUAUAUUAUCUAUAAUAGAAUAGUAUAUAUUUAUUCUUGGCAUGCUGUCCAGGAUGCCAUGGAAACAGAUUCACUCGAAAUAGCUUAACAGA